AUGGAACGUGAAUUGGCCGGUAGCAGUAGCCGUGGAAGAGAUAAAAUGGAGCGGCCGCAAGCCGUGGCUGACCGUAGAGCUCUCCGAUCACGCUAUUUUACUGUGAAGACCCUCAUUCACGAGUUGUUUGUAACUUUUUCUUCUCUAAAUUCUGGUUUGGAAUUUGUUGCUCUCUGGUUGCUGAGAGAAUCCAUCGUGCUAUAUGAAAGAGAUGACAUUACAAAAGUGGAUUCCAACAAGUUUAAUUCGAUCAUUAAUGAAGUGGAUAGCUUGCAUGAGCUGGUACAAAAUCCAAGAGAGCAAGUUGCUGAUGCAGAGGCGCUUUUGGACAUUGCAAACACCUUGAUGACCUCUGUGAAGGCGCAGAACAAGGAAGGAAUCACAGCUACAGAUUUUGUCUCCUGUAUUCUUAGAGACUUUGGGCAACAAAGUGGGCUGAGAAGUAACAGAGAAGGGGUUAGCUGCUCAAUAUCUUGGAAGGAUAUUGGGACUGAAGUCUCAAAUGUUUUCCAGAGAAGCCCCCAAUGCUGCACUAUGAUUGGGCCUAUGAAUGCUGAAGUAAAGCAACGGAAGGCUUACGUUCAUACGAAACGUGUGAAGCCUGCAGAAAAUGAUACCCCAGAAGAGCUUGAUAAUGUUGCUGUAGAAGAGGAACCUGAGACGGUUAAGAAUGUGGCAGCAAUGUUUAAUAUCUUGAGGAAAAACAGAAGAGUCAGGCUUGAAAAUCUAGUCCUGAAUGGGAAUUCUUUUGCGCAGACGGUGGAAAAUUUAUUUGCCCUCUCAUUUCUGGUUAAAGAUGGGCGGGCUGAAAUAAAAAUUAAUGAAGAAGGCCAUCAUCUAGUUUCUCCAAGGAAUGCUCCUGCUGCCAAAGCAAUUACCUCAGGGGAGGUUGCUUACUGCCAUUUCGUCUUCAGAUUUGAUUUCAAGGACUGGAAGUUGAUGAAAGAGUCUGUUGGGGAUGGAGAGCAGCUGAUGCCACACCGGCGUCAAGAAAACAUAUCAAGCAAUUCUCAAUUCGAUCCGCAAUGUGCAGAAUCUGAAGCAACCACAGCUAAAACACCAAUUAGGAAGUUAUCCAGAAACAGAGGCUUGGUUUUACAGCAGCGGCCCGUUGGGGGAUGCGGCACGGCUGAUAGUAAUCAAUCAGUUGUAGAAGACUCGCCGGUAUGUGAUUACUCUGAAGAUAGAGCUGCUGCCAUCCGAAAAGGGAAGCGUAAACUGAUGUGA